CAGUAAGAUGCCAUUUGAGAACAUCAGCCUGUCAAAAAUUAAAAGUUCCAACAAUGCAAACCCCAAGAGUUGGCCAGGAUAUGGAGUGAUGGGAACAUUCAUACAUGACCAUCAGGAUUAUAAGGAUCAUAACUUGGGAAACCAGUUUGGCAUACCCUAGACCCAAUCAGGCCACAUGUAGAUGUUUAUGCCUUAGAGCAUGAAUCCUUGCCAGGGGUGAUAAUUUCACCCAAGGGGCAAAAAUUGGUUGCUGGGGGUAGCAUGAAAAAAAUCUUAGCUAUUACAGUGGUUUGUGGACCUCCAAAGAGCCAUAGUACAUAAACAAUAUACAGUAUUAAAAUUUCAUGGGGGUGGGUGUGCAGUUAGGAUAACAGUGUUUAAAAAUGCUCCUUUAUUGGGGAUGGGGAGCAACACAAUAGCUGAGAAGCACUAUCUGAGAGACACUAUUGGGCACAUGCCACAGGAGCUGUGUGUGGGCAGCCUCAUUCACAACAGCAUCACCACAGAAAGCAGCCCACUGUCCUCCAGCGGUGCAUCCGUGAGAGCAAAUGAAUCACAGCUUCACAAGCAGUUGGAUGGAGAAAACCAGUCACAGAAAAAUAGCUACUGGAUGGUUCCAUUUAGAUAAGAACAAAACCAGGCAAAACCAGACCAAAAGAAAUGGCAAAACAAAGAAAAACAAGGCAGGGAUUUGUAAAAAAAAUCAAAAUAUUGGCUAAGGAAGAGAGAGGGGAAUGGGAUCGCAAUGGAGUGUCUAGAGACUGAUGAUGCUCUUUUUCCUAACCAACCCUGGGUGUUCAUUUCAUUAAUUUUCAAACUAUAUCUGGAUGCAUAUACUGUAUAUUUCCUUUGAAUAUAUAUAUAUAUUUAAUGACAAUUUUGAAACAUUUGUCUUAUCCAGGACCUUAGACCAUACUGGACUCAUUAGUGACUGGCUUUGGCUCCUGAGUGUGCUGCUGUGGCAGAUGUGUGUCUCCUUGUGUGCUGAGUGUGUAUGAACUGCACAGCUGGGUGACUGUCAUCAGUGGUGGUGGGAGAGCCAGCCAGUGCACCCAGUCAGCCAGGCUGCAUGCUUGCAGAGAGAGUGUUUAUUUAUCCUGAGAAGAUCCGCCUCCUUCUCCACAUGCCCCCUCCCACCUUUCCAGUCUGCUCCCUUUGCAAGCUAGUCUCUCUCCUUCCAGCCAUUCCUGAUGGAGCUCUGGAUACAGCCAUCCACGUGGAAGAGGCGGGGAGCGAGGAGGACCUUUAUGAGGACGUGUGCGGCUCCAGUCACCACUACAGCCACUCUGGCGGUGGUGGUGAACAGCUGGCCAUCAAUGAGCUGAUCAGCGAUGGCAGUGUGGUCUGUGCUGAAGCACUCUGGGACCAUGUCACCAUGGAUGACCAAGAACUGGGCUUCAAAGCCGGGGACGUCAUCGAAGUGAUGGACGCCACCAACAGAGAGUGGUGGUGGGGCCGCAUCACCGACGGCGAGGGGUGGUUUCCAGCCACCUUUGUGCGGCUGCGGGUGAACCAGGACGAGCCUGUAGACGAUGAGACCCUUCAGGCCCGGGACGACGGCAGGGUCGUGCAUGGCGAGGCCGAGGAUGGCAGCUUGGUGCAGAGCAGCAAAGACCAGAUGCGCACCAACGUCAUCAACGAGAUCCUCAGCACUGAGCGGGACUACAUCAAGCACCUGCGUGACAUCUGCGAGGGCUACAUCAGGCAGUGCCGUAAGCGCGCCGACAUGUUUAGCGAGGAGCAGCUGCGCACCAUCUUCGGCAACAUUGAGGACAUCUACCGGUGCCAGAAGGCCUUCAUUAAGGCCCUGGAGCAGAAGUUCAACCGCGAGCGCCCGCACCUGAGCGAGCUGGGGGCCUGCUUCCUGGAGCACCAAGCAGACUUCCAGAUCUACUCGGAGUAUUGCAACAACCACCCCAAUGCCUGUGUGGAGCUCUCCCGGCUCACCAAGCUCAGCAAGUACGUGUACUUCUUCGAGGCCUGCCGGCUACUCCAGAGGAUGAUUGACAUCUCCCUGGAUGGCUUCCUGCUGACACCAGUGCAGAAGAUCUGCAAGUACCCUCUGCAGCUGGCAGAGCUGCUCAAAUACACACACCCCCAGCACAGGGAUUUCAAGGACGUGGAAGCUGCCUUACAUGCCAUGAAGAAUGUGGCCCAGCUCAUUAACGAAAGGAAGCGGAGACUUGAAAACAUCGACAAGAUUGCGCAGUGGCAGACCUCCAUAGAGGACUGGGAGGGGGAAGAUGUCUUGGUCAGGAGCUCGGAACUAAUCUACUCAGGGGAGCUGACGCGCAUUAUGGCCAAGAGCCAGCAGAGAAUGUUUUUCCUCUUUGACCACCAGCUCAUCUACUGUAAGAAGGACCUGCUCCGCCGUGACGUCCUGUACUAUAAGGGUCGGGUGGACAUGGACCACCUGGAGGUCGUGGAUGUGGAAGAUGGGAAGGACAGAGACCUCCACGUGAGCGUCAAGAAUGCUUUCAGGCUACGCUGCAGCGCCACAGGGGAGAGCCACCUGCUGUGCGCCAGGAAGCCUGAGCAGAAGCAGCGGUGGCUGAAAGCUUUGGUCAGCGAGAGGGAGCAGGUGCAGCUGGAUCAGGAGACAGGCUUCUCCAUCACAGAGCUGCAGAGGAAGCAGGCCAUGCUGAAUGCCAGCAAGCACCAAGCCGCUGGGAAGCCAAAAACCACCAGCCGGCCCUAUUACCUGACACGCCAGAAGCACCCAGCAUUGCCUGCCGGCCUACCCCAGCAGCAAGUCUUGGUGCUAGCAGAGCCCAAGCGGAAGCCGUCCACCUUCUGGCACAGUAUCAGCCGGCUGGCGCCCUUCCGAAAGUGAGCCUCACGCCCCACAACCCCUGCCCCCAGCCCAGCUGCAGUUUGGAUCUGCCUCAGCAGAGGGCCAGGACGCAACACAGCACC